AGGGAGGGAGGGAGGAAGGAAGGAGAGUCGGACAUCUUGGAAAGGAGAAGGGGGAGAGCGCGGAAGGGGAUCCAUACUGAUUACACCGCACACAAGGAGAAAAAGGGGUCGAUGAAUAAACCCUGACGCAGGGAACGGAGCGAGAGAGAGACAGACAGGCUUGGAACGUUGGCUUGACGGCGUCAGUUCGGUUCCAGUGCUGCUGGAACUGGCAGCUGGGUUGCUCGCAGCCUCUUCUUUGAAGAUGCGUGUUGUGAGAGGUGGCUUUUCUCAGUCGUCGUCACCCCCCCACCCCCGCUGGCACACAGUUCCCAGUCUCUUCUAAUGCAGAGCUGGUUUGAUCGCCAUGGGAAAGGACGACUGAAGCAGACUUCACCAUGAUUGGAGGACUGUUCAUUUACAACCACAAGGGGGAGGUGCUGAUCUCCCGAGUCUACAGAGAUGACAUAGGGAAUAGGCGGAACGCCGUGGAUGCUUUCCGUGUCAAUGUCAUCCACGCCCGGCAGCAGGUGCGCUCCCCGGUAACCAACAUCGCCCGCACCAGCUUCUUCCACGUCAAGCGCUCCAACAUCUGGCUGGCGGCUGUCACCAAGCAGAACGUCAAUGCGGCCAUGGUGUUUGAGUUCCUAUACAAGAUGUGCGACGUCAUGACCGCCUACUUCGGCAAGAUCAGCGAGGAGAACAUCAAGAACAACUUCGUCCUGAUCUACGAGCUGCUGGAUGAAAUCCUGGACUUUGGCUACCCCCAAAAUUCCGAGACAGGAGCCCUGAAAACGUUCAUCACCCAGCAAGGAAUCAAGAGCCAGCACCAGACCAAGGAGGAGCAGUCUCAGAUCACCAGCCAGGUGACAGGUCAGAUCGGCUGGAGACGAGAGGGGAUCAAGUACCGGCGCAACGAGCUCUUCCUGGAUGUCCUGGAGAGCGUAAACCUGCUUAUGUCUCCACAAGGCCAGGUGCUGAGUGCCCACGUGUCGGGCAGGGUGGUGAUGAAGAGCUACCUGAGUGGGAUGCCCGAGUGUAAAUUUGGGAUGAAUGACAAGAUCGUCAUCGACAAGCAGGGGAAGGGCACCGCGGACGAGACCAACAAGAGUGACUUGGGGGGCAGCAGCAGCAAGCAGUCCAUCGCCAUCGACGACUGCACUUUCCACCAGUGUGUGCGACUCAGCAAGUUCGACUCGGAGAGGAGCAUCAGCUUCAUCCCGCCAGAUGGAGAGUAUGAGCUUAUGAGGUAUCGCACCACUAAGGAUAUUAUCCUGCCAUUCAGAGUGAUUCCUUUGGUCCGAGAGGUCGGCCGUACUAAACUGGAAGUCAAGGUGGUCAUCAAGUCCAACUUCAAGCCUUCCUUGCUGGCCCAGAAAAUAGAGGUGCGCAUCCCAACCCCCCUCAACACUAGCGGAGUCCAGGUUAUCUGCAUGAAAGGGAAAGCCAAGUACAAGGCCAGUGAGAAUGCCAUAGUCUGGAAGUAAGUGCCCAAUUAGUAC